AUGCAGAAGAGGGAGCAGAGCAAGUCAGGUGGAGUGGGUGGCGGGGCCUCGGCGCCGCCGGCGAAAAGAGGCCGCCCAUUCGGAAGCGGCGGGAAUAGCGCCGCAGCUGCGGCUGCCGCCGCCGCCGAAACGGCAGCUCCGUCGACUCUCCUCGGUCCUUCCCUCCACGUCCACAGUUCCUUCGCCGAUCAGAACAAUAAAAGGAUAGUUCUGGCUCUUCAGAGUGGGCUGAAGAGUGAGUUGACAUGGGCAUUGAACACUCUCACAUUACUCUCUUUCAAAGAAAAAGAUGACAUGCGCAAAGACACAACCCCUCUUGCAAAGAUUCCUGGCUUGCUUGAUGCUCUCCUCAGUGUUAUUGAUGAUUGGCGUGAUAUAGCCCUUCCGAAGGAACACGUAAAGGCGCCGAGAGUCAGAAAUUUGGGUGCAAAUUUGCUUGUAACUGGGUUUGGAAAUGAGUACGAGGCAUUAGCUUCAAAUGGCACUCUCCCACUUCCUGGCUUGGGAUCCAGUUCUCAAGAAGCAUCGGUGCUGAGUAAUGUGACCAAACUUCGUUCUUCUUCAGAGUGGUGGCUUGAUGAAGAUGGUCUGUUUAAUCUAGAUGAAGAAGGUCGAGCAGAAAGACAGCAGUGUGCUGUUGCUGCUUCCAAUAUCAUUCGCAACUUCUCUUUCAUGCCAGAUAAUGAAGUCAUUAUGGCCCAGCAUCGCCAUUGUCUGGAAACAGUGUUCCAGUGCAUAGAAGAUUACCUUACAGAGGAUGAGGAACUUGUGACAAAUGCUCUUGAGACAAUUGUAAAUUUGGCUCCGUUGCUUGAUCUUGGAAUUUUCAGCUCAUCAAAGCCAUCCUACAUCAAGAUAACAGGAAAACGAGCAGUUCAAGCUAUCAUGGGGAUGCUGGGAUCUGUAGUCAAAACCUGGCAUUGUGCUGCAGCUGAGCUACUUGGGCGUCUGAUCAUAAACCCUGAUAAUGAACCUUUCCUUCUUCCCUUUGUUCCACAGAUACAUAAGCGAUUGGUUGAUCUUAUGAGCUUACCAUCAGUAGAUGUACAAACAGCACAUGGGGCACAAGCGGCUGCAGUUGGCGCACUCUACAACCUUGCUGAAGUUAAUAUGGACUGCAGGCUAAAACUAGCUAGUGAGCGAUGGGCAAUUGAUAGACUGUUAAAAGUUAUCAAGGCACCCCAUCCAGUUCCCGAAGUUUGCAGGAAAGCUGCUAUGAUAUUGGAAAGUCUUGUGUCUGAGCCACAAAACCGAGCCUUGCUGCUAGCUUAUGAGAAUGCAUUUGCUGAAAUAGUAUUCUCAGAUGCCAGGUAUUCCGAUACCUUUGCCAGGAUUUUGUAUGAACUGACGUCUAGACCAAACAACAAAGUGGCAGCAGCCCGUGGUGUUUGGGGAAUGUAA